GGGUCUUACCAGAAUAGAAAGUGAAAUCAAAAGCAACUUCCCUUUCACUCAAAUCUGCAACAGCAUGGAGUAAGGUCAAAUCCAUCUUUGAAACAUAUCGUUCGGAUCCUGUGUGAUGUAACUGGAGCUAGUACAGUGCUGUAGAGAAUUAUGCAAUUUAGCCUGGAUAUUAAUUUGUCUUCUGGAGAAUGAUUUAGUAUCCAUUUGUCUACAAUGGCUAAUUCAUGCAGAAAACUGAUAUUUAAUAUUUACAUGGGAUUUUACUGCUCAGCCAUCUUGCCCAAAAUAUGCAUUUGUUCUCAGUUUUCAAUGUCAUCUACUGAUCUGUUAAAUACGGACCCUGGGGCUUUCCCAGUAGCCACCAGUGGGGAACCAUUUCCUUGGAAUAAGCUAAGGCUCCCCAGCAUGGUCGUUCCCCUCCACUAUGACCUCUUGGUCCAUCCAAAUCUCACCUCUCUGGACUUUGUUGCAUCUGAGAAGAUUGAAGUCCUGGUCAGAGAUGCAACCCAAUUUAUCAUCUUGCAUAGCAAAGAUCUUGAAAUCAUGAAUGUCAUCCUUCAAUCAGAGGAAGAUCUGAGAUACAGGAAACCAGGGAAAAGGCUGAACAUUUUGCAUUAUCCUGCUCAUGAACAAAUUGCACUGUUGGUUCCAGAGAAACUUAUGGCUGAUUUGAGAUACUCUGUGGCAUUUGAUUUCCAGGCCAAUUUAGCCAGUGGUUUUGAAGGAUUUUAUAAAAGCACAUACAGAACUCGUGGUGGUAAAACAAGAAUAAUUGCAGUAACGGAUUUUGAGCCAACUGGAGCACGGAUGGCUUUCCCUUGUUUUGAUGAACCACUGUUUAAAGCCAAAUUUUCCAUCAAGAUAAGAAGAGAAAGUGGACACGUUGCACUCUCCAACAUGCCAAAGGUUAAGACAAUUGAACUUGAGGGAGGCAUCUUAGAAGAUCACUUUGAAACUUCUGUAAAAAUGAGUACAUACCUUGUAGCCUACGUAGUUUGUGAUUUCAUCUCUGUAAGUGGCACAACCUCCUCAGGGGUCAAGGUGUCUAUCUAUGCAUCCCCAGACAAAUGGAGUCAAACACAUUAUGCUUUGGAAGCAUCAUUAAAGCUACUUAAUUUUUAUGAAAAUUACUUUGAUAUCAACUAUCCACUCCCCAAACUGGAUCUAAUUGCCAUUCCUGACUUUGAAUCUGGAGCCAUGGAAAAUUGGGGCCUCAUCACAUAUAGAGAGACAUCCCUGCUCUUUGAUACUAAGACUUCUUCUGCUUCUGAUAAACUAUGGGUCACCAAAGUCAUAGCCCAUGAACUAGCACACCAGUGGUUUGGGAACCUGGUUACAAUGGAAUGGUGGAAUGAUAUUUGGCUCAAUGAAGGUUUUGCAACAUACAUGGAACUCAUCUCUCUUAAUGCCACAUAUCCAGAGCUACAAUUUGAUGAUGGUUUUUGCCAUAUAUGUUUUGCAGUAAUUAAAAAGGAUUCAUUAAAUUCGUCCCAUCCUAUCUCCAACCAAGCAGAAACUCCUACUCAGAUACAGGAAAUGUUUGAUGCAGUUUCCUAUAACAAGGGAGCUUGUAUUUUGAAUAUGCUAAAAGAUUUUCUGAAUGAGGAGAAAUUUCGCAAAGGAGUUAUUUACUACUUAAAGAAAUUCGGUUAUGGAAAUGCUAAAAAUGAUGAUUUGUGGAGAAGUCUGUCAAAUAGUUGUCUAGAUGAUUUUACAUCUGGUGAAUUUUGUUAUUCCAAUUCCAAGAUGACAAGCAAUAUACUGGCCUUUCUGGGGGAGCAUGUGGACGUCAAGGAGAUGAUGAGGACCUGGACUCUGCAGAAAGGACUUCCCCUCCUGGUGAUUGAACGAGAAGGGCAUUCCCUCAAACUGAGGCAGGAGCGCUUCCUGAGCGGAGUCUUCAAGGAGGACCCUGAGUGGACGGCCCUGCAGGAAGGGUUCCUCUGGCAUAUUCCACUGACCUACUCCACGAGUUCCUCUAAUGUGGUUCAUAGACACGUUCUAAAAUCAAGGACAGACACUCUGGAAUUAUCUGAAAAGACCAGUUGGGUGAAAUUCAAUGUGGACUCAAACGGCUACUACAUUGUUCACUAUGAGGGGCAUGGAUGGGACCAACUUAUUACACAGCUGAGUCAGAAUCACACACUUCUCAGACCUAAGGACAGAGUAGGUCUGAUUCAUGAUGCGUUUCAGCUAGUAAGUGCAGGAAGGUUGACCCUAGACAAAGCCCUUGACCUGACUCGCUAUCUCCAACAUGAAACAAGCAUCCCUGCACUUCUCAAAGGUCUGGAAUACUUAGAACUAUUUUACCACAUGAUGCACAGAAGGAAUAUUUCAGAUGUCACUGAAAACCUCAAGCGUUACAUUCUCCGAUAUUUUAAGCCAGUGAUUGACAUGCAAAGCUGGAGUGACAAGGGCUCAGUCUGGGACAGACUGCUUCGCUCGACCAUCUUAAAACUGGCCUGUUACCUGAACCAUGCUCCUUGCAUCCAGAAGGCAACUGAACUCUUCUCUCAGUGGAUGGAAUCCAGUGGAAAAUUAACCAUUCCAUCAGAUGUUUUGGAGAUUGUGUAUUCCAUCGGUGCUCAGACAACAGUGGGAUGGAAUUACCUUUUAGAGCAAUAUGGGCUGUCAAUGUCAGGUGCUGAAAAAAACAAAAUUCUGUAUGCAUUGUCAACCAGCAAACAUCAGGAAAAGUUAAUAAAAUUAAUUGAGCUAGGAAUGGAAGGAGAAGUCAUCAAGACUCAAGAGUUGGGCCUCCUUCUUCAUGGGAUCACCAGAAGUCCACAGGGGCAGCAAUUAGCCUGGAAUUUUUUGAGAGAAAAUUGGACCCAUCUCCUUAAAAAAUUUGACUUGGGCUCACAUGCUAUGAGAAUAAUCAUCUCUGGCACAACAUCUCACUUUUCUUCCAAGGAUGAGUUGCAAGAGGUGAAACUCUUCUUUGAAUCUCUUGAGGCUGAAGGAUUACAUCUGGAUAUUUUUCAAAUUAUUUUGGAAACCAUAUCCAAAAAUAUUAAGUGGCUGGAGAAGAAUCUUCCCACUCUGAAGACUUGGCUACUGGUUAGUUCUUAAGUGGUCAGUAGAAAGAGCACUUUGGUUGUGGACAUGAAGUCAACAAAGCUCAAGUCAAAGCUCUGGAUAUUUCGUCUAAGCCACCAAGCAGCCUCAAGAAACCAGCCAGCUCAACUGCCUGCCCUCACCAGCUGUCUCUAGCUGACAGAUGUAUGAUGUUGAGGUGGGGGAAAUCCACUUCAGUAGCCUAUUUAAAUGUAAACUUCCUGAGUAAUGGAGAUAUGUUGAGAUGUGAAUAUAAAUAUAUAGACAUAGCUGUAAUAGAUUAGCCACACGGCACAUUACCUACAUUGCCUUACAUCAUGCUACUUUUUUUGCUUCUUUGAUGCUUUUUCUAACCUGCUUAGUAUCCUGGAGUUUGCCCAGCCAGUUUUACCUUCAAGGAAACAUAGCCAAUUCUUUUUUAAAAAAUCUUUCAUUUGCAUCCUUUCGUCUCCUCCUUUUCUUCCUCCUUCAUCUCAGCCUGCAUAGUUCAUUUAAUUUCUACCAUUCAUGGACAAUCUGAAUCAAAUUAUGUAGUAUAAGGAUCAGGAAAACAGAGAAUUUGUCACCAAAUCUCAGAUUAUUAGAAGCUAGGUGUCAGAGUUUAUUAACAAAAUCAGGAGGGCUACUUGGCUUGAACCUCACAUUUAUUUUUUAUAUUUUAUUUAUUUAUUUGAGAGAGAACACAGGCAGGGAGGAGGGGCAGAGGGAGAAAGAGAAGCAGAACCCCUACUGAGCAGGGUGGGUUCAGUCCCCACUCUGGGGACCCUGGGAUCAUGGCUUGAGCCAAAGGCAGGUGCCUAAUCAACUGAGCCACCCAGGUGCCCCAAGCCUCACAUUCUUAAUGAGCCUCAAGUGUAGCCUUCUGAGGUCAUCUCCACGGGCAGCAAAAUCUGUAGUCACAGAGGCUCAGGAGAGAACAAUGAUACCUCACCACUUUAAACCAUACACUGUCACUUUUUAAAAAGAUUUUAUUUAUUUAUUUUUUUAUGAGAAACAGAUUGAGAGAGAGAGAGGCAGAGACAGGCACAGGGAGAAGCAGGUUCCAUGCACGGAGCCCAAUGUGGGACUGGAUCCCGGGACUCCAGAAUCACGUCCUGAGCUGAAGGGAGGCACUCAGCCACUGAGCCACCCAGGCGUCCCUACACUCAAAUUUUUAAUCUUUUGAAAAUUGCAAAAUUAGUUGGUAUUGUGUAUAUUUCCAGUUAACUCAGGUUUAAUGUAAAUAUUUAAAUGAAUCAUCAUACUUUAUAAUUAAGUUUUAGCAUUUCUUUAUAUUUUUAAAGGAAACUCGACCUCUGAAACGCAUUUCUAGAUGCUUCUCUGAAUUAUUUUAAUAAGGUAUUUGGAAUGAACAAAGAAACUACCACUCCAAAUACAGGUUGUAAAUUUAAUAAAUUCAUGUACCCAUGUAUGAAUCAGUAUGAAGAUAUAAACAUAUUCUAGAAAAAUUUGAAUCAAUACACAGAUGAUUAACUUUUCUGGGCUAUUAAGGGAAGCUGGGAUGUUGGGGCAGAGGUGAGGUGGGAAGGGUAUUGACUAGUCCAUUUUGGAGUGAUAUCUUGAAGGUUUAUAGAUCUUUCUUUGGUGCCACAGUCAGAGAGAGGGUACAAUUUGGAUAGACCAUGGGCAUGACAUUUUGUUAAGUUUUCAAACCAUUUCUUGGAAUCUUUGAAGUAUCCUUGGCUUUAGAUUUGACUUGGUUGUGGUCCUACCACAGUCUGUGUAAUGCAUAUAUCCCUCUGCAAUUAUAUGUACUUUCAAAUAAAGAAACUGAAAAAGUAAAGAAUGUCAUUUUUCUACCAAUAUAAUGUGUAAAUUAAG